GCGUCGUUUCCGGUUGCUGUUAAAGAGACCGCUUUACACCACAGUAGCUCUGUUUGUCAAGCUGUCGGAGUGUGUUUCAGACUUUAUACUGGGGGAAACUUGAACGUGUUACAAAAUGGCUAAAAGUGAUGGCAGUUCAUAUUUCAGGAGGUCCAGUCUGUUCUGGAUAGUAACUGUAACUCUGUCCAUGGGCUACUACACAUGGGCUGUGUUUUGGCCACAGCAACUCCCGUAUGACAUUUUGGGUCCACUUGGUGCUCUGACAAAUUAUCUCGUCAAAGAAUACCACAGUUUCAUGUACACGGGAUGGUGGCUUGCUUGGGCUGUCCAUCUGUGUGAAGCUCUGGUGGCACUGAAAGUAUGCAGUGAUAAAGGCAUCGACAGUCCAUCAACACGGCUCCUGUGGUUUGUUCAGACUCUUUUGUUUGGCUUUGCAUCACUGGGUUUGCUCCUCAAAUACAAGGCAGGCGGUCGUGCCAAACGGCACUAAGCAGCUGCAGACCUGCACUGGUCUGAAAUACAACACUAUUUUCCAAUGGAUAAAUCAGGAUUAGAGCCUUUUAAUCAAAUACAAACAUGUGGACCAUAUUUCAAAAACAGAUCAAUCUGAUGUAGAACAUGGCUACACAGCUCUGUGAAACAGGACCUGAUAUGAUGGUGAGAAUUCUGGACAGUAACACAACCUCUUACAGCAACAUUCCUUACAAGAAUAAUAUUUUUUUUAAAAGGAAGACUUGAAUAAUAACCACCAUAUAUAAGCUAGAACGACUAGCUUCAUGUAGCUGCUCUUCCCAGUUGCAGACCCAGUCUCAGAGCCUUCAAAAUGUGCCUUCCACUCAUACCCAGUUUUCAGGGUUUAAUCAUUUGUUGAUAUGUACACAUAAUGGUACAUGUCAUUGUCCAUAACUGACUGUGACUUGGAGUUUACGCUCUCAUUUGGUGGGAGUUUCAUCAUUUUCGUUUGGCAGUUAGCAAUUUCACAGAGACAUGAUUCACAGACUAUAAACUAUGCCUUCACCCACACAGAUUAUUGGUGCUGUCAAAGAUUAGAGAACGGGCCACCUGAAUGAAAAAUGGGAUAUGUCAAACAUCGGGAUAAAAUUGGCAAACAUGAGUAGGAAGUUGUUUUAAAAUUGUACUGAGCACAAUUGCUUCAAAUGCCUUUGUGUUAUCAGACAAGCUUGAACACAAUGACAGUCAGCCACACUGACAUGAAAAGGUUUCUAUCUCUAAUCUGCUGUUAUAUAAUUUUACCCGUGAUCAACUCUUUACUGAAAAGAAAAAAGUUUUAUAUCAGACAAUUGAUACUUAGUUUAGUAUUUAAUUAACAUCUGUUAUUAAAGUAAGUUGUUAAGCAGCCCUUUUGAUAAGAACUCCUUCUUGUGUUUACUCUGUUAUGUAGGUCAGCUUCUUCCAAGAAGUCCAAUAUUAAACUGGCUGAGGCUGGUCUUAACUGGACUGUUUUCCAAAAUGCCCUCAAUUACUCAUAGAACUGAAUUUGCGUCACCUUCAGAGUGAACAAUCAGACAAACGUUUGUUUAAACAUUUAAAAAACAAAAUGCAAACUAUUUGGUGCAUUUUCAUGUUAGAUUAGCUGCCGAAUCUGAGUCACAUAGUCCAGCCUACAUCACAACAGGGCACAAGUCUGACAUCUGCUAUUAAUCACAGCACAGUGGCUAGAGUGAAACAUAAACAUAAGGUUACAGGUUUUACUGAUGUGUGAUACACAGUAUUCUUUGCAUUGAAGAAGAAUUGAACUUACUGAAUAUGUUUAUUUGAAGAAUGAAUGAAUUAAAUGAGAUUUAUUUAAUUUUUAUUUUAGAGCUCGUAUGCUGUGGAUUUUUAAUGAUAUCAACUGUUCUAAUUAUUACUCAUGUGGUGUGAUUUUUUUUUUUUAAUUAAAGCAGUGAUUUAACAAGUAGUCUUGGCAUUUUAAUGUUUAUGACUGUCAUAAGCUGAAAGUAACUUUUGUUACAUAACUAUCCAAAAACUUGAUCAAAGCCUGACAUUCCUUGUGUGAGGAAAGCACACUUGGAUAGCAAGGUUUUAGACCUCUUUAGGCUGACUGACUGACUUUUUAACCAGUCCAUUUGUUAAACUGGUUUCCUACCCCCAAUUGGCUAGAAUUCAGCCACAGCAACAUCUCAUGGGAUUUCCCAGACCUCCACACAUAUCUUGUAGCAUUUGCAUGACAGGAAACUGAACAUCAUUCUUAGAUUUAGAAUAUGACCUGUGGGCCUAGCAUAUAAACUAUUUUGUUUUGUAAUUUAUUCAGUGAAAAAUGUAUUAAUCUAUCUAUUCAUAAAAGUAACUAAAAUGGUGUACCAACUGUUUAAUUUCUUUGCAGAAUCAAGGUCGAGUGUUCCAGCCUUGAUUUUUGAAAAACAUUGAGUUUUGCUAUUAGCUUUAAGCCAUACUUACUGAAUGUGAGCCAUCAAUAAGCUUAACCCUGCUCAU